AUGGCCGUCGAAACAUUUAGCAAGGAGAAAAAUCUGCGAGUUCUGUCACAUGUUGAAGAUAACGAUGGCAUCGACAUCGAGCUCGAAAAGAAUGGACAAAGACCAGCGUUGAAGCUUGACGAGCAUGGCCUUCCUCUUGUGCCCCAGCCUACCGACCACAAGGCCGAUCCACUUAACUGGCCCAAGUGGUACAAGUACUACGUGCUUUUCCUGCUGUGUCUCCUCGCUUUCUGUGUCCAAUUCGGGGCUGGCAUGGUUCCAGCAGCAUUUGGGGUGAUCGCAAAGGACUUCAAAGUUACACAUCAGCAAGCUAGCUACCUGACGACGUCCUACACGCUCUUUGGUGGUGUCACCCCGCUGCUGUUGACGCCGUACGUCAAUAUGUAUGGUCGGAGGCCUGCUUAUCUGAUCUUCACUUUGAUCGCCAUCGGUGCGAAUGUUGGCUCGGGAUACGCUUCAACCUAUGCUCGCGAGAUCGUCAGCCGAUGCUUCGUUGGUAUCGGUGCCAGUGUAGCCUUGGCCAUUGGUGGUGCUACUAUUUGCGAUAUGUUCUUCCAAGGCGAACGUGGAAAGUAUAUGGGCUUUUACGCUCUGGCUGUCACCAAUGGACCGCAUUUCGGUCCCAUUGCCGGCGGAUAUAUCGCCUUGAAUCUUGGGUGGAGAUGGAUUUUCUUUAUCAACGCCAUCAUCUUUGGCGCCGUCCUGGCCAUCUUCUUGGUCUCCUUCCCUGAGACUCUCUUCUCGCGCACAGACUUCAGCAAGCUCGAGAACCAGACUUACUGGCACAAGAUGGCGUUCCGCGGCAAGGUCUUGGACCGCAAGUUGACCGCGUCCGACUUCUCCGCCAACUUCAAAAUGCUCAAAUACGUGGCGAUCACAAUACCCUGCAUCUACUACAUGACGACCAACACCUACGGCUCAAUUGUCUUCGUUCUCACGGCGUCUUCCAUCAGCGAGAAGCUCUACGACUUCAACACGGCGCAAAACGGCCUUCUGCUGGGCAUCCCACUCACGCUUGGCUGCCUGAUCGGAGAAUCCUGCACCGGUUGGAUCUCCGACCAGUUGAUCAACCGCUACGCUCGUCGCCACGAUGGAUACAGGAAGCCUGAGGCUCGCCUUUAUCUUUGCUUUCUUGGUCUCUUCUUGCCAGUGGGGUUGAUUAUCCAUGGCCUCUGCGUCAACAACAAAACGCCAUGGAUCGGUCUCGCUGCGGGUAUGACGGUUGCCAGUGUUGGCGUACAGGCGGGCACGACUUUGACCUACGCCUACUGCACGGACUGCUAUAAGCCUCAAGCUGCCGAAGUGUCGACCAUCAUCAACCUGUUCCGUCAAAUCUUUGCCUUCACCAUCGGCUUCUACGCGCUGCCCUUUGGUGAGGGUGUCAGCUUUGGCGCGGCCUGGGGAACCUUUGCCGCCAUCAACUUCGUGACCUGGUUGGGCUUGUUAGUCCUCAUUUGGAAAGGUGAAAAGAUCAGGAAAGCACAAGGCGAGCCGAAUCUUCACAAGGACCUGUGA